AUUGAUUUAAGUGAUUCCUUUUGGUAGCUGUUUCAACCUUGGACCAUUGAUUAUUCAGGAGAAUGGAUGGGCCGGCGGUAUUAUCGAUGCCGCCAAUAACCGCGCCCCAAAAAUCAGCACAGUCGCCGCAGCCGCAGUCCCACUCGAAAUCGAAUCAGGAGUUACAGGUGAGCACGGUGUCCCUGUACGGCAUCCACAUCGUGUCGCUGGUGAUCGAGGGCCAAGAGCGUCUCUGCCUGGCGCAGAUCAGCAACACGUUGCUGAAGCAGUUCAGCUACAACGAGAUCCACAAUCGCAGGGUGGCGUUGGGCAUCACCUGCGUGCAAUGUACCCCGGUUCAACUGGAGAUCCUCCGACGAGCGGGUGCGAUGCCGGUCUCCUCCAGAAGAUGCGGCAUGAUCACCAGAAGGGAAGCCGAACGCCUCUGCAAAUCGUUCCUCGGCGACAACGCGCCGCCCAGACUGCCCGAGGACUUCGCGUUCUCCGUGCACCACGAGUGCGCCUGGGGCUGCCGCGGCGCCUUCUUGCCUGCCCGUUACAACAGCUCGCGGGCGAAGUGCAUAAAGUGUGCCUACUGCGGGCUCUUCUUCUCGCCCAACAAGUUCAUCUUCCAUUCUCAUCGGAUCGGCCCGGCGGACAAGUACGUUCAGCCCGACGCGGCCAACUUCAACUCGUGGCGACGCCACAUGAAGCUGUCCGGCAAUCAGCCGGACGAGGUGGUCCACGCCUGGGAGGACGUCAAAGCGAUGUUCAACGGUGGAACGAGGAAACGAUUGCUUAAUAAUCCGACUUCAAGAGAAUCGCACAGCCCGGCCAAACAGCCGAGAUCAUCCCCCACCGCACCGAUACCCACCCUCGUGCCGUCACCUACGCACCCUCGGGUGCCUCCGUUCCCAGAAUUGCCUUUGCCGCUGUCGAGAAGUCUCGUCAUGGACUAUGUUUGGCAUCAGCAUCAGCAGGCGGCUGCCGUCGCUGCGGCGAAAACACCUGGCUUCCCGUUCUCCCCGUAUGCUUUGCCGUGGCUCGCCAAAAGGGGACCUGUAUUGUUUCCUGGACCUUUACCCCCAUCAAUCAGUGGUACCAGUCCAACGGAACCAUUGAUAUCAACAGUGAAUCCAUCGUUACAUCAAUCUGCCUUUCACCCAGUUAUUCGUGGACCACCGAUCGUUGAGCCAGUGGGUCAAGAACAACCCACAGAUGCUUCCGUUGUUAAUAAAGAAGAAAACUCUGACGACGAAGUCGACAUUGAAACAACGGAAGACGAUCCAGUGACACCUUUAAACGCUACCACCCCAAAUCUUCAUUCGGUUUCGAAUUCGGCCACCAGUAGUCACAGUGGACGUAAUUCGCCUCAGUGCUGGAGUCCUCCUCGAGAAACGGAACGAGAAGCUGAAAAAAUUGCGGAGGAAGCAGCAGCCAUACGCGACACCAAACCGGAACUUCAACCUGCAAGGAGUCCCGGAAGCUGGCAAGGAAAUAACUUCUAUCGACAUCUGAAUGCAAUAAAGGGAAACGAACCGACGGAGAGAACAAGCUCGAAUUGUUCCGCUUGCCAUCCACGAGGAAUAUUUUACGGUCAAAUCCAUAGCCCGUCUGCGUCCACUAAUUAAUCGACACGAUUGGAGGGGAGAGGGCGCACCGGGGGACAGGGGAGCUGGCGGUGGUAGAAAAAGGAAAGAAGAUAGCGAAGUUGGAAGUGAGAGAAAGGGGUAGAAUGUAAUUCAAAAAAGACACUGUAAAUUAGGGGUCUUCGUAUUCAUCACGGACUCGUUCAAUACCAAUUACGUCGAAACACAAUGAUCUUUUGAAAUCAUUAUAGGACUGUACCAUGCUAUGUGGACGUAAUUUAUUCGCUUUAUUAAUUAUAACAUCGUUUUACGCAGUUAUUUUUAAUUUAUUUUUGAAACUGAGAAGAAUUUGGGAGAAACGAUUUGAAUUUCGCGCGGUUUUGGUAUGGUGGUUAUUUAACAGAUCGUAAACGAUUAUUAUUAAUAAUACGUACUGAAAGAGUAUAAUAUAUUUGUGAAAAAUAUCAUAACUUCGAAUUCUUAAUUUCUUUUAGAAUUUGGAAGAAUUUGCAUAAAACGAAGUUUGAAUUCCGCGCGUUUUUAGUGUGAUGGUUACUCACAAAGCCGAAUAACUAAUUGCCAUCAAUAAUACUUAAUAAAAAUUUAUUAUAUAUGCUUGAAAAGUGCCGUGACUCUUUUAUUCUAAGUUUCUUUUACAUUUUUACGAAUUUUGAGAAAACGGGGUUUGAAUUUCGCGCGUUUUUAACAUAGUGAUCUCUCAAAACCAUGUAAAUGAUUACCAUCGAUAUUGUAUAAUAAUAAACCUACAAUAUAAUGCAUAAAGAAUAUUAUAAUUUACAUUUUUACUUUUUGUUAAGUUUUAAACAGAUUUUGCGCGAACGCAAUUUAAAUUUCGCGCGCUUUUAGUAUAACUGUUACUAAACACGUGAUGCCAUCAGUAACAGUACAAUAUUGUCUAAAAACACGUUAAAACUUUCAAUUUAAAGUAGUAUUUAUGCAUAAUAUUCAAUAAUACACUAUGAUACUAAUCUCUAGUCAAUUUUAACCUAUAAUAAUUAAAAAUUUAACUUGUUUUAGCAUGAUUGAGGUUAAGUCCACAUAAUAUGGUACACCUUGUACACAGUGUAGCCAAGAUACCUGAAUCACACGCGAAACUAAACCAAUACAUCCAGUUCUAUAACACCCAGCGAAUGUGAAAUUAAAAGAAACUCAAACUAAAAUUUCACAAGAAGCUCAAAACUUGUAUUUCCAAUGAAGAUAUAUGUAUAAUCAUUACGUUUCAUGCACAUAGAAAAUUGCACCCACGCUACUUUGUAAUGAAACUUAUGAAAAUUAUCAUAGGCUUGUAAAUGGCGGGAAUAAACUUUGAAUACAGUGAUAGAAAGUUAAUUUUUAGCAAAACAUACUUGUUCUAUUUAAUUCCAUUAAGGAUACCGUUUAUUUUCGUUAAGGCCCUUUAAAUUGUAACAAUUAGUCUACUUGCAAUUAUUAGUGGUAUUGCGAGUCGACAUGCUGUGCAAUAUAAUCUUUCUGAUUAUUAACUCUGCAUUAGUGUGGUGAAUGGUUAAUAACGUAGAAGAAGGAGAGAUUCAUGUGGUAGCUUUGGGGCAAACGUGGGCAAUGUCGGGGCUCUAAUGGGCUGAGGAAUUCGAUGGAGUGCCCGGGAGUGAGCAUGGCGUAGGUGGAGGACAAACAUAGGGAUGUAUCCCACUAUUUGGGUUUUUGGGAUUACAAUUUCAGAUUCGAAAGGUUUUAAAUUACGAAAUUUCCAAAUCCCUAAUUUUCUAAUUCCAUAAAUUCCUAAAUUCUCAAAUA